AUGAGUGCGCUUCCAGUUUUGUCUCGCUUUGACCUCGUUUCUUUUGCCCCGUUCACUGGGUCGAGUGCGGUAAAUGGGUGGAACUCCAACAUGUACUUUGUGCGCCCCGGCCCUAAGGCCGAGCUGCUGGCACUUGUCCGCUACGCCGUGGCUCAGCUGCGGGUGCUUCGGCUGGGCUUCAUGUACCUGCAGGAUGGCAUCUUUGGUGAAGCGGAGUAUGAGCAGGCAGAGCGUGUGCUGUCGGCGAUGGGCUACGAGUUCUGCGGUGUCUUCGCCGUGAAAACCGCUUCAAGUGGUGAGGCCGACCCUAACGAGUUCAAAGAUGCGUGGGAGCGGUUUGCUGCGACUCGGCCGCAGGCUGUGAUUGUGUUUGGCUCGUUCUCGAAGUGCACCGAUAAAUUCAUUGAGACGAUGCUGAAGGACGAGCGCACCGCCGGCGCGUACCUGCUGGCUCCCUCGGCGGUGCAGCCAACUGUUCUGCGCGUAUGGCGUGCUGCCGUGGCCGAUGAUGGUGUCAAGUUCGUGCCCGGGCAGGUGUUCGCGACGGGGACGAACCCGCUGGCAAACGACGCAAGGUACGACGCCAUCCAGCGUUUCCAGGCGGUGAUGCGGGUUUACCUGGAGAAUAGCGGGCAGAGGGACUACAAUGACACGGAGCAUUUCCUCAAUAAUGACGGCGACGGGGAGCUGAUGGUUGAUGGGUGGAUUGCCGGCGAGGUGCUGGCGCAGGCGCUGAGCGACUGUAAAGGGGUGAGGGACCGCAAGUCGUUCAUGGAGUCUCUCUUCAACCAACGCCGGUAUUUAAUCGACGAGCUUGUGAUUGGCGACUACGGUGGCGAGUGCGAAGAAGGGGCUGAAGCACGCGGGGCCACCUGCCGCUGCAACCAGGGCGGCACCGCGGUGUACAUGAAGCGGUUCGUGGAGGACUACCGCGCAGAGACACUUGCGAGUGGCCUCAUGACUUUCCACCCAUCAGAUUGUAACGCUACAUCGACUUACGUGCCGCCGGUGUUUGUUGGGGUGGAGUUUCUUAUGAAUGAUAGCGCUGUUGCACUAAGUGCGGUUGCAGUGCCCCACACCGGGUUUAUUGUGGCAAUUGCCGGCCUUAUGGCCUCGUGGGAUGAACCUGAGAUCAACAUGGCCUCGCUUCCCUCCGCACUUGCUGAUGCCCGUGCUGCCCUGCAGUCGGAGCUGCGGUCACGGCGGGUUUAUUGGGUUGCGGGUGUUGUGACGGAGGCGAUGCUGGACGUGGAGGGUGUGGCCUUCCUUGACCCGCUGCAGCUCGAGCCGCGGCAGAACAGGUUCCGCCGGCACGUGAUCCACCUGUCGCCGACGCUGGAGCAGCAGUUCUUCGUGCUUGCGGAGUACCUCCGGGACACGGGUGUCCGCGCGGCGCACGCGGUGGUCCGCGGCGAGGGGGCGGCGGCGGUGGCGGAGGUGCUGCGGCGGUCGCUGGUGACGUUUGGCGGGUCGCUGCGGUCCGCGACGCUGCUGGCCGGCGGCGACGCGCUGGCGGGGCACCUGCCGGAGGCGGGCGACGUGUUCGUGGCGGGUCGCUGCGGCCGGCGACGUCGCUGCGGUGGCGCGGCACGUGGCCUUGCACGACGGCGUGCGCGUGUUCGUCGCGUUCUCCGAGUUUGUGCUGCUGCACGCCGACUUCGUUGCCGCGUUCGGUGGCGGUGCGGGCGCCGACCGCGUUGUGUUUGCGACGAGCCUGCCGCACUGGGACGACGCGAACGCGACGUCGGAGACCGCCCGGGAGUUCCUCGCCGCCGUGCCGGACGUCACGCAACGGACGCCGCUGGCGCUGAUGGGCUUCGCUGCCACGCAGCUGCUGCGGACGGUUCUCUCCCGCAUGGACAAAGUGAGCGCUGCGCGGCUGGCUGA